GUUAAAUUAAUGCAUGUAGUUAUUAUUUUAUUCUACCGCGAUCGUCCUUCACAAAAACUAAAGAAACGAUAAAUUACUUACCGUUAUCCUUACGAGACCUGCUUAUUGUACUUUUAUGUAUUUGUUAUUGACUGAAAAAAAAUAGUGUGCAAGUUUAUUUAUACGGCAAGGCGAAAACGGAAAAUAAACAUAGAUGCUUGACAUCUGUCCAAAUGUGUAGUUUUAGUUUUUUAUUAUUAUUUAAGAUCAGUUUUCACCUUCCCAGCGGAGCGCUAUUUUUGUCGUAAAUUUGUGAUCGUAUUUACAAUGGACCUGAGGUGAACACAAUUGGCAAGAGAUACUUUCGAUACGAUGGCAUCAACAAGGAGAUCUUGGAAAUUCCAGGAUUUUAUGGCCCACAAUGCCAACGUCAAUUGCUUGGCAUUAGGACACAAAUCGGGUCGAGUAUUGGUUACAGGGGGCGAUGACAAGAAGGUCAAUUUAUGGGCCGUUGGCAAACAGAGUUGCUUUAUGAGCCUCAGCGGUCAUCUCACCGCGGUAGAUUGCGUCCAGUUCAAUCAAUUAGAAGAGUUAGUUUGCGCCGGAUCUCGAGCCGGAGCUCUCAAAGUAUGGGAUUUAGAAGCGGCAAAAUUAGUUCGCACUUUAAACGGUCACAAGUACGCCAUAAAAUGCAUAGAUUUCCAUCCGUACGGGGAUAUAUUAAUAUCCGGAAGCGCCGAUAGCAACAUUAAAAUGUGGGAUAUAAGGAAACGAGGAAAUUUGUUCACUUAUAACGGACAUAAAGGUACGGUGAAUAGCAUAAAAUUCAGCCCCGACGGUCAUUGGGUGGCGUCCGGCGGGGAGGAUUCCACCGUGAAAAUUUGGGACUUGCGAGUCGGAAGGGUGAUAAAGGAAUUUAGGGAGCACACGAAUCCCGUCACUUCCGUGGAAUUCCACCCGCGCGAAUUCCUCCUGGCCAGCGGCAGCUCGGACGCCGUUAAUUUCUUCGAUUUGGAAAAUUUCAAUUUAGUAUCGACCGAAAACGAUGUAGGGGCGGUUAGGUGUUUAUGUUUCAAUACGGACUGCGAUUGUCUCUUUACCGGUAUUAGAGAUUAUUUAAAAAUCGUUGGCUGGGAACCGAAUAGACUAUACGAUUCAGUACCUGUAUAUUGGGGGAGAGUGACUGAUAUUUCCGUAGCAUCCAAUCAAUUGAUUGGAGCUUCUUUUCACCUCACAAACGUUCAAGUUUAUGUAGUCGAUCUGAAAAAAUGCAGACCGUGUUCUUCCUCUUCAGUAUUAGAUUCGCAGGCGAGCCCUUUUACGCCGAAUCAGAAUAUUAGGAAAAGCUUCUCGAAAGCCGAAAAACCGAAUUUGAAGUCGAGAGCGUUGGACGUGAAGACUAUCGAAGAAAGUACGUCCGGAACGGAUCCGGAAGAAGAAUGCUCAGCUGAUAUUACGAAUCUUAAAGACUAUCAUGAAAUAUUCAAAGGACGAUCCAUUCAAAGAACUCCUCCGCCUGAGCCGGAACCUUUCCAAGAGCCCGAAAAAGAUGAUAUUCUAGAACCUCAAAUUUUAAGUAACUUAAUCAGCGACAACUUCGAGGCCCUCUCAUUGGACAAUAACCUAAACAAUUACAAAAAUUCAUCUGUCCAAAUCACCCUUAAUCGCUAUUCUAGGUCCAAAUCGAAUCUCGAUCAGGUAUACGAGAAGCGUCAGAGAGAUAACCGAGAAAAUAUACUACCCAACAUAAACAAAACGAAAACGGCGCCGAAGUUUGCUUUGCAAAGGCAAAGCAGCUGCAAAGAUGUUCCUGAUAAACCUCCCAAGUCUUCUAAUAUUAAACACAGCGUCUCCGAAGCUAAUAUUAAUAAAGGUUCGGUAUCGUCGCGAAAUUCGUCGAGAAAGAAUUCGUUUUCGAAGCCGACCAAUCGCAAUUCCACCAGCGUUCCCAACGUCUCGAAGAUGCCGAGCAGUCGAAAACCCGCGAUGCUUCCCCAAGUCGAUAUCUACGUGAAUUCGUCGCGCGUGUCUCCGGAGGAUCAGUCCAUGGAGGACGCGUUCGUGCCGGUGUGCGUCGAUAAGCCGGUGGGAUUGGACCUGGACGAUUUCUUACCGAAGAAUUACGGUAUGCCGGGUUUCCAACAGCAAUUGCCCGAUAUGUCCGAAGCGGAAGUUCUGGGCGUUAUUAUGAGAGGUCACGAGCCAAUGAUGGAUAUAUUGAAUACGAGGAAACGUAGCCUUCAAUUAGUACUCAAUCAUUACAGGAGUAAGGAUAUGAAAGCGGCCGUCGAAUCGGCUUUAGCUAUGGAAGAUAUAUCCGUUUUGGUUGACGUUUUAGGUGUCAUUACCGCCAAACAUUCGUUAUGGAAUUUGGAUCUAUGUGUUAUGAUAUUACCAAAAAUUUUGGAGUUGUUGCAGAGUAAAUAUGAAAUGUACUUGAAGGUGGGCUGCAACACCUUGAAGUUCAUUCUGCGUCAUUUCGGCGACACGAUCAGAAACAACGUGCAGUCCCCGGUGGGCAGUUUCGGCGUGGAUAUCAGCAGAGAGGAGCGGUACGCGAGGUCCGUGCGUUGCCACGAAUUUCUGCUGGAAAUUCGAUCGUUUAUCGGGAAGAAGGAAACGCUGCCGGGCGUCGGGAUGUCGUUCAAGGAGGUGCACGCCAUGAUGAAGAAUCUGCUCGACUGACGACCGCCGAGGAACGCGUUGCGUAAAUUUAAAAACUCUAGUAUUUGAAUUGGGGUGUGUAAAUGGAGAAGUGAAAAAUGAACGUGAAUUUUGUUGUGAUUUUACACUACAGGGUUUUUUCGUGGGGUGAGAAACUGUGCAUUUACUGUUACGAAACAAUGCGUUAUUAGCUAAAAAUAAUUGGUUUUUUCUACAUUUUUUGUGAAUUUUUUUUAUAGUAGAUAUUAGUAGCCUAUAACGCAUUUUGACUUCAAUCAUAUCUCUGUAUUGCCUGAAUUAGAAAGAAAUAGUAUUGAAAUUUCUACUUAAAGAUUGUAAAGUACUUAAUAUUUUAUUGGAAAAUGUUCACUAUUUUUACACAAUUCAUUAGUAUUAAAAAAUAUAUGUAGGUCAUAAUCGGCUUAAAUCAAAAUUAGGUAAAACUAUAUUUAUCGAAUUUUUUUAAAUCCCUAAUCUUCGUU